AUGACCGCCCUGUUGGACAAGGCAGCGUUCUACAUCCUCUUCCGAGACAAGAAGAAGAAAAUCGCACACUUCCUUCGCACUACCACACGGGAUUCGCUUUCAUCCGAGCUACACAUCAGCCUCGUUCAAGAAAUAGUCACUUCAAUCCCACUGGAACGCAUCUUCGACGCGUCUAGCAUCCAAGACUCGACCCAUGAGCAGCCGUACUGGUCAGAAAAAAGUUUCCAAGCCCACCUCGCCAGAACCCAUCCCGACAUAAUCAUCCCCGACACGGCUAUCGAAGUCCUCUGGUCCUGCUUCUGCUUCUACGCCUUCCAUCCCUUCCCCUUCUCUGCGGCAGACGACCGCAAGGUGGAGCUGCCCGCCUUCGACCGUGGUCUGCUCCUGCUGUCGCGGCAGGGCACCCGGCUUUUCGGGACUGUACACGAUGACUUCGGCCGCUGCUGGGGCCGGCUGGACGAGCCGUGUAACUGCGGGCGCCGGAUGAAUCGCAUUUUCCGGAGCAUCAGCCGGGUCGAUCGCGCGUCAAGCGCUGGUCCGCAAUGCGACGGCUUCGACACCUUCGUAACCGACGACAUGAUCAAUGCGAUUCUUGCUACCUUCCCGUUCCAUCCCAAACUGUAUCCGUCGCUGGAGCAGGUGCAGCCGCUAACGCAAAACCUCCUCGGGGGCCGAACGGGCCAAUAUGCGAUCAGGGCCGGGGACUUCGCGGCUUUGCUGUCCUUGAUCAUGAGGCUCAGAGUCUCUGGAACGACUUAUGACCAAAACUGCCAUUACGGCCUCCUAGAGGAGCCCAGCGCGGACACGGAGGAGCUGGUAGGGAUCCUGGUCCGAUCGUUCAGUCGCGACCAGGACGAGUAUCUGGCUCCCGAGAUGGUUCUCCGCGCUUUGGACAUCCUGCCCAAUCUCGAACAAUCGUUCCAUCAGCUGUGGGCCACGCUUUUCCAACCCGGCCCGUCCACGGAGCGACCGAAUCUCGAGCCCGCAUCCUCCCUCGACACCAUGGACGCGAUCCUACAUGCGGUAUCACUGUUCAUCCCGCCAUUCCAGACCCACCAGCGGUCAGAACUGGCACGCAGAGUGAAGCUGAUUGCCUUUCACAACUGCUAUGAUGCGCGAUUCCGGGACCCGACCGACAACCUCGACCUGCGGCAUAUCCUCCAGCAAGCCACACACAACAGUCCGACCGGUCGCGCGUAUCUCAUUUUGCUUCUGGGGAAUCACGCGCAAGACUCGGACAAGGUGGUGGUGGGUGCAUUCUUCCGCGAUGCUCCCACCACCGACGACAAGGCGCCGCCGGAGAGAGGCAGAUCGACCGUCGCCCAUCCAUACCUUCUCUUCCAGCUUCAGCCACAGUUCAGCCUGUUUCGCUGGGCUGGAGGACGCAGCAGCAGGCCUCUCUCGCCCGAAGACGAAGAUGGCAGUGCGACCGGGCAUACCGAGCACCGGAACUGCCUCGGGGACCCCGGUGGAUCGCGGGUGGCCGUCGAAAUUGACGCGAGCACAGGACAGGCUACCUUCCUGCGAGGCACGGUCCACGCUGCAGGCGCGCUCUCAGGUGGGUAUGAGGAGUUAACGAGGAAGGAUGACAGAACUGCGAGUGUGCACGAGUGGCAAACGGACUUCACCGUGAGCCGCGUCGCCGUCUUCGGUGUGGAGGGCGGGCCGACCUAUGCCUGCCAGAGUCCGUGGUGA